AUGCUUCAACUACGAACUUUGUCAUGCCUGACGCUUUUCGUCUCCUCCCUUCUUUCAAGUUAUGGCGUUCAUGGGUUGGGAAUUUCUGAUCGCGAGGUUCAUUUACAGUUGGGUCCAAGAGAUCCGGCACCACCAGAAGCUGCACUCUUCGAGAUGAAGCAAUCUGGGAAUUCGGAACUUGGUUCAAUGCCGCUGAGUGGGAGAGAUCUUAUAGCUUCGUGGCUCGGGAAAAGAGAUUGUUUGGACGCUGGCUAUUCAGAAUGUCGUCAUAUGGCUGCUGUCCGACUGGUGAUACCUGCUGCCCUAUUUCUUGCUGUAAAGCGGGCAAAAGCUGUUGUCCAGGUUCGCGUUAUUGCGCUGAUCCUGGCGACAAGUGCUGCGGCACUUUGGGAACAUGUCCUUCAGGUUGGAAUUGUUGUGGGAUGCACAGCUUAUGUUACGGGUGGUGUAACAUCGACGCGUAGAGGCUCUCAAACCAGCGACGACGACCUAUCGACGACUUCGAGAUCGGCUGUCUCAGUACCGACAAUUACAAGUACAGAUACUACGACAACCACGACUCCUUUGACCGGUACACCACCGACGACUGUAGCAGUGCCUGUUGAAUAUUUCUUCACCAUUACCUGGACAUACUGGUACUGGUACUGGGUUUACAGCACAACGAGAUCAACAGUAACGACUAGUUCUACAUACUCCACAGUCACCACAACAGUUACAGUGACCAUACAAGAAACAAACUCUGCUAGUGCUAGCUCAAGUUUCCGCGCCUUGUCUGCUACAUUCCCGACGACUGCUCCUCCUGAGGCAUCAUCCGUGUACUCCGCUACGGCUUCUCCUCCCUCCAUACUUGGAGGAGCAGGAAACGAAACUUCAACACUUCCACCUGUGGUCGUGCCUACGAAUGGUGGCGGUAAUGGCGGUAGCGGGCCGGUUACGGUGACGGCCGGCUCUGUUGCUACUGGCGUUCGGAGUGCUGCUACGCACAUGGCAUCGAGUGUCACUUCCUCUUGGGUGAUGGCGACGUUUUUUGGAGGAUCUUUAAUUACUGGGAUUUUAAUGGUUUGGCUUUGA